AUGCAAUUUUCCAGCGACCUCUCGGCCUUUGGGAAAAUUCUGGUCCAGGAAUUCGACGCAUUGGACAAAAAACGCGAUCGAAAACUGUGCCUGGACGAGCUGAAAUCUUUUCUGACAACAUUCGGAUUCAAGGAAUCUCAAGCCGUUCUGUUUAUGAAACUUUUCGACAAAGAUAAGGAUGGCUUCAUCUCCAAGGAAGAGUUUUCAGCCGCGGUGAAAAAAAUCAAACCAAACCGAAUAUCAGAGGCUCAGCUCCGCCAGCUGUUCAAAAAGGCAGACAAGAAAAACUGCGGUAAACUUGAUGCAAAAGAAUUGAGGGCAUGCUUGUUGCAGCACGAUAAAACGUUGGACACCAAUCACGUGGAUGAGUGGAUAAGGAAGCAUGACAAGAAUAAAGACGGAAAAUUAAAUUAUGAGGAAUUUAUCACGUUCAUGUUGGAUGUUUUGUAAUCACGCACUGUGUUUGAUCAAACUUUGAGAUAAUUUUUGUGUUCCUUCACAUCCCGACGCGGUUUUCAUGUCAGUUAUUGAUGGCAGACGAAACUGAAAGGUUUCUCUUAUCAGCCCUCCUUUCAGCUUGAUCUACCACGAGGAAAAUCAUACCUUUGCUUUAAUCGUGAUGAUUCAGUAAAUUGUAUGGCAA